GAUCCAAUGUCUCUUGAUGACGUUAAUGCAGUUGUUGCCGUUGGCAAAGAGCUCAGGUAGGAAGCAUUUAAUCAACUUACUUGGAUUGGUUUAGGCUUGAAUUUUAAAUAAAGAAUAUUUUUUGUGGCUAAACAAUAAGUUUUGAUCAAAAACAUUUUCAAAGGAUUCUUAGCGUAUUAAAAAUCAUAACGAUCGAUUUUAAAAAAAAGUUCAUGUGAUUGGCAGCACUCUGCCAAAUAAAAGGCACUUUUUCAACUGCAAAAUAACAAGAUGGGUGCAGGCAGAGAAGGAUCCAACUUGUUAUAUGCUGCCUUAAGAAGGCAUUGACAACACAUCUCCCAUGGCCCAAUAUAAUCAAAGGACUGUGAUGUGUAACAAAAUGGUAGUGGCAUGUUCCUAAUGACUGUGAUAUAUUUCUAAUAGUUUUGAUAUGUUCCCAAUGAAUGUGAUAUGUUCCAAAGGACUGUGAUGUGUUCGUAAUGACAGUGAUAUCUUCCUAAUGACUUUAAUAUGUUCCUAUGACUGUGAUAUUUUACAUGUCUUUUGAUGUUCCUAAUGAACAUAGUGUUGUCAAUGAAAUAAGUUACAAAUGACUGUGAUAUGUUUCUAACGACAGUGAUAUUCUCCUUGCCCUAUGAUAUAUUCCUAAUGACUAUGACAUGUUCCUAAUGACGGUGACAUGUUCCUAAUGACGGUGACAUGUUCCUAAUGACGGUGACAUGUUCUUAAUGACGGUGACAUGUUCUUAAUGACGGUGACAUGUUCCUAAUGACGGUGACAUGUUCUUAAUGACGGUGACAUGUUCUUAAUGACGGUGACAUGUUCUUAAUGACGGUGACAUGUUCUUAAUGACGGUGACAUGUUCCUAAUGACGGUGACAUGUUCUUAAUGACGGUGACAUGUUCUUAAUGACGGUGACAUGUUCUUAAUGACGGUGACAUGUUCUUAAUGACGGUGACAUGUUCCUAAUGACGGUGACAUGUUCUUAAUGACGGUGACAUGUUCCUAAUGACGGUGACAUGUUCUUAAUGACGGUGACAUGUUCCUAAUGACGGUGACAUGUUCCUAAUGACGGUGACAUGUUCUUAAUGACGGUGACAUGUUCCUAAUGACGGUGACAUGUUCCUAAUGACGGUGACAUGUUCCUAAUGACGGUGACAUGUUUCUAAUGACGGUGACAUGUUCUUAAUGAUGGUGACAUGUUCUUAAUGACGGUGACAUGUUCCUAAUGAUGGUGACAUGUUCCUAAUGACGGUGACAUGUUCCUAAUGACGGUGACAUGUUCCUAAUGACGGUGGCAUGUUCCUAAUGACGGUGACAUGUUCUUAAUGACGGUGACAUGUUCCUAAUGACGGUGACAUGUUCUUAAUGACGGUGACAUGUUCCUAAUGACGGUGACAUGUUCUUAAUGACGGUAACAUGUUCUUAAUGACGGUGACAUGUUCCUAAUGACGGUGACAUGUUCCUAAUGACCGUGAAAUGUUUCAAAUGAAUAUGAUAUGUUCCUUAUGUCUGUGAUAUGUUCCUUAUGUCUGUGAUAUGUUCCUUAUGUCUGUGAUAUGUUCCUUAUGUCUGUGAUAUGUUCCUUAUGUCUGUGAUAUGUUCCUUAUGUCUGUGAUAUGUUCCUAAUGUCUGUGAUGUGUUCCUUAUGUCUGUGAUAUGUUCCUUAUGUCUGUGAUGUGUUCCUUAUGUCUGUGAUGUGUUCCUUAUGUCUGUGAUGUGUUCCUUAUGUCUGUGAUGUGUUCCUUAUGUCUGUGAUGUGUUCCUUAUGUCUGUGAUGUGUUCCUUAUGUCUGUGAUGUGUUCCUUAUGUCUGUGAUGUGUUCCUUAUGUCUGUGAUGUGUUCCUUAUGUCUGUGAUGUGUUCCUUAUGUCUGUGAUGUGUUCCUUAUGUCUGUGAUGUGUUCCUUAUGUCUGUGAUGUGUUCCUUAUGUCUGUGAUGUGUUCCUUAUGUCUGUGAUGUGUUCCUUAUGUCUGUGAUGUGUUCCUUAUGUCUGUGAUGUGUUCCUUAUGUCUGUGAUGUGUUCCUUAUGUCUGUGAUGUGUUCCUUAUGUCUGUGAUGUGUUCCUUAUGUCUGUGAUGUGUUCCUUAUGUCUGUGAUGUGUUCCUUAUGUCUGUGAUGUGUUCCUUAUGUCUGUGAUGUGUUCCUUAUGUCUGUGAUGUGUUCCUUAUGUCUGUGAUGUGUUCCUUAUGUCUGUGAUGUGUUCCUUAUGUCUGUGAUGUGUUCCUUAUGUCUGUGAUGUGUUCCUUAUGUCUGUGAUGUGUUCCUUAUGUCUGUGAUGUGUUCCUUAUGUCUGUGAUGUGUUCCUUAUGUCUGUGAUGUGUUCCUUAUGUCUGUGAUGUGUUCCUUAUGUCUGUGAUGUGUUCCUUAUGUCUGUGAUGUGUUCCUUAUGUCUGUGAUGUGUUCCUUAUGUCUGUGAUGUGUUCCUUAUGUCUGUGAUGUGUUCCUUAUGUCUGUGAUGUGUUCCUUAUGUCUGUGAUGUGUUCCUUAUGUCUGUGAUGUGUUCCUAAUGUCUGUGAUGUGUUCCUUAUGUCUGUGAUAUGUUCCUAAUGUCUGUGAUGUGUUCCUUAUGUCUGUGAUGUGUUCCUUAUGUCUGUGAUAUGUUCCUAAUGUCUGUGAUGUGUUCCUUAUGUCUGUGAUGUGUUCCUUAUGUCUGUGAUAUGUUCCUUAUGUCUGUGAUGUGUUCCUUAUGUCUGUGAUAUGUUCCUUAGGUCUGUAAUAUGUUCCUUAUGUCUGUAAUAUGUUCCUUAUGUAUGUGAUAUGUUCCUAAAGACUGUGAUAUGAUCCAUAGACCAGGAUGUGUUAAAAUGACUGUGAUGUGUUCCUAAUGACUGUGGUAUAUUCCAAAUGACUGUGUUAUCUUCCCAAUGACUGUGUUAUAUUUCUAACUACUGGGAUAUGCUUCUAAUGACUGAUAUGUUCCUAAAGACUUUGCUAUAUGUCUAAUGACUUGGAUAUGUUCCUAAUAACUGCUAUAUGUUUCUUAUGGCUGUGAUAUAUUUCUAAUAAAUGGAUAUGUUCCUAAUGAAUGUGAUAUGUUUCUAAUGUUUGUGAUAUAGUGUAUAUAGUUAAUAUAAAAAGAUUAAAAUAAAGUUGUAUGUUAGGUAUUUUGUUUUUACCAUACAAUUACAUUUGUUGGGUCGUCCGUCAAUUACAUCAACAAUUUUUAAGCAAUUUUUGCCCCCCUCCCUUUUAUCAACAACUGUCAAACAUUCAAUGACCCACCUAUUGAAUUAUGUCAACGUUUUCUACCCCCCACCCCGACCCACCUAUUGAAUUAUGUCAACGUUUUCUACCCCCCACCCCGACCCACCUAUUGAAUUAUGUCAACGUUUUCUACCCCCCACCCCCAAAAAGGGAAAGAUAUUAAAAUAAAUUUAUAAAUAUAUUUUACUUUGUGCUGAUCUAUUUUAAUGACUAUACAAUUGUAGGAAAACCAUUUAGCUUGUUAAUCAAGCAGUUGAAACGUUUUUACAUUGAAAUUUAAAAAUACAGAAUUAAUUAAAAUGUUGUUAAAGACUAAAUAUUGCUCCCACCCCCUAAUUUGCAAGUUUUAUUUAAACUGCUUAGUACAGUGGCGCCUCCAGUAACAAACAACUUAACAAGCCGAACAAGUUUUGGUUUUACCCCACUCCCCCCCCCCCCAAAAAAAAAAAUGAAAUGACGCCUCAGAUGGGCAUAGUCUAUUGUAGCUGAUUGAUCAUUUUCAUCUUGCGGCACUGGUAUACCAGACAGUCAACACCAUCCUCAUCUAACCAAUCAGCCCUUAAAAGAGAAGCAUUGUCGGUGUGAGCCAUAUUUGCUAUAAGCUCUCUUUAUCUCCAUUGCAGCUACUCGCAUUGGUCGAAUCAUUUUUUGUUGAGGAGCAGGUGGUAAUUUCUUAUGCUCAAAAGGGCAAUGGUCGGUUCUGUUGAACAUACUUUUUCAACAUAAGUUGUGAUGUAAAAUAGAUAUUACAAUUUUGCAAAUCCGAUCAAGCAGCUAUGUUAUUAUUGUUACUCACUUUCUAUUCGCAUAAUUCUGAAAAUAUCGUAUUCCUACUCUAACCAUAUCAUUUAUCUUGACUGCACAUGACACUUGAAUCUUGUCCUUGUUCCAUACCUGCAACAGAAUCUACAGGUGAAGAGAGGCCAACUUUUGACUUUUCUUGCAUUAAUAAAGUGAGUUAACAUUCUGACCAGCCAUCUGCAGUGCACAGACAGACAUUAAAUAAAUCUUAUAUUGUUAAAAGGCCUAAAAAUUAGAGGACUGUUUACACUCAUUUACACUUAAAAUUGUUUAAAAUAAUGUAAUGACCAGUCAAUUUUUAAGAUUUAAAUUUUAACAGAGAAAACAUGAUUGGUGACGUCAACUAAUCUAAACCCCCUCCCCCUCCACCCUAUUCUGUUGACAUAAUUAAUGAACUCCCCCUGUAGUGUACAAUGAUUGAACGAGAGGUAGCAAAGUCUUGUCUUCUGUACAAUGAUUGAGCGAGAGGUAGCAAAGUGUUGUUUUUUGUACAAUGAUUGAAUGAGAGGUAGCAAAGUCUUGUCUUCUGUACAAUGAUUGAACGAGAGGUAGAAAAGUGUUGUUUUCUAUACCAUGAUUGAAAGAGAGGUAGCAAAGUAUUGUCUUCUGUACAAUGAUUGAACGAGAGGUAGCAAAGUGUUUUUUUUUGUACAAUGAUUGAAUGAGAGGUAAAAAAGUCUUGUCUUCUGUACAGUGAUUGAACGAGAGGUAGCAAAGUCUUGUCUUCUGUACAGUGAUUGAACGAGAGGUAGCAAAGUGUUGUCUUCUGUACAAUGAUUGAAUGAGAGGUAGCAAAGUCUUGUCUUCUGUACAGUGUUUGAACGAAAGGUAGCAAAGUGUUGUCUUCUGUACAGUGAUUGAACGAGAGGUAGCAAAGUGUUGUUUUCUGUACAGUGAUUGAACGAGAGGUAGCAAAGUCUUGUCUUCUGUACAGUGAUUGAACGAGAGGUAGCAAAGUGUUGUCUUCUGUACAGUGAUUGAAGGAGAAGUAGCAACGUGUUGUUUUCUGUACAGUGAUUGAAUGAGAGGUAGCAAAGUGUUGUCUUCCUUCAUUUUAAAGAAGUUUUUAAAGCGGCUGUUAAUAUUUCCGCAAAGUUUUAAAAGUAACAAUUACACUGAGCUUAGACAAUCAAUCUACUUGGUUUAGAUCUCAUUCUUUAACUUAAUUAACAAUUAGACAAUCAAUCUACUUGGUCGAGAUCUCAUCCUGUAACCUAAUUAACUAUCAGACAAUCAAUCUACUUGGUCGAGAUCUCAUCCUGUAACUCUAUUAACUAUCAGACAAUCAAUCUACUUGGUCGAGAUCUCAUCCUGUAACUCUAUUAACAAGCAGACAAUCAAUCUACUUGGUCGACAUCUCAUCCUGUAAAUCUAUUAACUACAAGAAAAUCAAUCUACUUGGUCGAGAUCUCAUCCUGUAACUUAAUUAACUAUCAGACAAUCAAUCUACUUGGUUGAGAUCUCAUCCUAUACUUCUACUCACUAUGAGACAAUCAAUCUACUUGGUCGAGAUUUCAUCCUGUCACUCUAUUAACUAUCAGACAAUAAAUCUACUUGGUCGAGAUCUCAUUCUGUCACUCUAUGAACUAUGAUACAAUCAAUCUACUUGGUCGAGAUUUAAUCCUGUCAAUCUAUUAAAUAUAAGACAAUCAAUCUACUUGGUCGAGAUCUUUCACUGUAACUAUAUUAACUAUCAGACAAUAAAUCUACUUGGUCGAAAUCUCAUCCUGUAACUCUUAUAACUAUCAGACAAUCAAUCUACUUGGUCGUGAUCUCAUCCUGUAACUUAAUUAACUAUCAGAUAAUCAAUCUACUUGGUCGAGAUCUCAUCCUGUAACUCUAUUAACUAUGAGACAAUCAAUCUACUUGGUCGAGAUCUCAUCCUGUAACUCUAUUAUUUAUCAGACAAUCAAUCUACUUGGUUGAGAUCUCAUCCUGUAACUUAAUUAACUAUCAGAGAAUCAAUCUACUUUGUCGAGAUCUCAUUAUGUCACUCUAUUAACUAUCAGAGAAUCAAUCUACUUGGUCGAGAUAUCUUCCUGUAACUCUAUUAUCUAUCACACAAUCAAUCUACUUGGUCGAGAUCUCAUCCUGUAAUUUAAUAAACUAUCAGAGAGUCAAUCUACUUGGUCAAGAUCUCAUCCUGUAACUUAAUUAACUAUCAGACAAUCAAUCUACUUGGUCGAGAUCUCAUCCUGUAACUCUAUUAACUAUCAGAUAAUCAAUCUACUUGGUCGAGAUCUCAUCCUGUAACUUAAUUAACUAUGAGACAAUCAAUGUACUUGGUCGAGAUCUCAUCCUGUAACUCUAUUAACUAUCAGAAAAUCCAUCUACUUGGUCGAGAUCUCAUCCUGUAAGUCUAUUAACUAUCAGACAAUCAAUGUACUUGGUCGAGAUCUCCUCCUGUAACUUAAUUAACUAUUAGACAAUCAAUCUACUUGUUCGAGAUCUAAUCCUGUUACUCUAUUAACUAUCAGACAAUCAAUCUACUUGGUCGAGAUCUCAUCCUGUAACUCUUUUUAAAUAUCAGACAAGCAAUCUACUUGGUCGAGAUUUCAUCCUGUAACUCUAUUAACUAUCAGACAAUCAAUCUACUUGGUUGAGAUCUCAUCCUGUAACUCUAUUAACUAUCAGACAAUCAAUCUAUUUGGUUGAGAUCUCAUCCUGUAACUCUAUUAACGAUCAGAAAAUCAAUCUACUUGGUCGAGAUCUUAUUCUGUCACUCUAUUAACUAUGAGACAAUCAAUCUACUUGGUCGAGAUCUCAUCCUGUAACUCUAUUAACUAUCAGACAAUCAAUCUACUUGGUUGAGAUCUCAUCCUGUAACUCUAUUAACGAUCAGAAAAUCAAUCUACUUGGUCGAGAUCUUAUCUUGUCACUCUAUUAACUAUCAGAGAAUCAAUCUACUUGGUCGAGAUAUCUUCCUGUAACUCUAUUAACUAUCAGACAAUCAAUCUACUUGGUCGAGAUCUCAUCCUGUCACUCUAUUAACUAUGAGACAAUCAAUCUACUUGGUCUAGAUUUUUCCUGUAACUUAAUUAACUAUCAGAGAAUCAAUCCACUUGGUCGAGAUCUCAUCCUGUAACUCUAUUAAAUAUCAGACAAUCAAUCUACUUGAUCGAGAUCUCAUCCUGUAACUCUAUUAACUAUCAGACAAUCAAUCUACUUGGUCGUGAUCUCAUCCUGUAACUCUAUUAACUAUCAGACAAUCAAUCUACUUGGUCGAGAUCUCAUUUUGUAACUCUAUUAACUAUCAGACAAUCAAUCUACUUGGUUGAGAUCUCAUUCAGUAACUCUAUUAACUAUGAGGCAAUCAAUCUACUUGGUCCAGAUCCCAUUCUGUAACUCUAUUAACUAUGAGACAAUCAAUCUACUUGGUCGAGAUCUCAUCCUGUAAAUUAACUAUCAGACAAUCAAUCUACUUGGUCGAGAUCUCAUUUUGUAACUCUAUUAACUAUCAGACAAUCAAUCUACUUUUUUGAGAUCUCAUUCAGUAACUCUAUUAACUAUGAGGCAAUCAAUCUACUUGGUUCAGAUCCCAUUCUGUAACUCUAUUAACUAUGAGACAAUCAAUCUACUUGGUCGAGAUAUCUUCCUAUAACUCUAUUAAAUAUCAGACAAUCAAUCUACUUGGUCAAGAUCUCAUUUUGUAACUCUAUUAACUAUCAGACAAUCAAUCUACUUGGUCAAGAUCUCAUCCUGUAACUCUAUUAAAUAUCAGACAAUCAAUCUACUUGGUCGAGAUCUCAUUCUGUCACUCUAUUAACUAUCAGACAAUCAAUCUACUUGGUCGAGAUUUCAUCCUGUAACUCUAUUAACUAUAAGAAAAUCAAUCUACUUGGUUGAGAUCUCAUCCUUUAACUCUAUUAACUAUCAGACAAUCAAUCUACUUGGUUGAGAUCUCCUCCUGUAACUUAAUUAACUAUUAGACAAUCAAUCUAAUUGGUCGUGAUCUCAUCGUGUAACUCUAUUAACUAUCAGACAAUCAUCUACUUGGUCGAGAUCUCAUCCUGUCACACUAUUAAAUAUCAGACAAUCAAUCUACUUGGUCGAGAUCUCAUCCUGUAAAUCUUCUAACUAUUAGACAAUGAAUCUACUUGGUCGAGAUCUCAUCCUGUCACUCUAUUAACCAUCAGACAAAUAAUCUACUUGGUCGAGAUCUCAUUCUGUCACUCUAUUAACUAUGAGACAAUCAAUCUACUUGGUCGAGAUUUUAACCUGUCACUCUAUUAACUAUCAGACAAUAAAUCUACUUGGUCGAGAUAUCAUUCUGUAAGUAUAUUAACUAUCAGAAAAUCAAUCUACUUGAUCAAGAUCUUAUCUUGUCACUCUAUUAACUAUCAGAGAAUCAUUCUACUUGGUCGAGAUUUCUUCCUGUAACUCUAUUAACUAUCAGACAAUCAAUCUACUUGGUCGAGAUCUCAUCCUGUAAAUCUAUUAACUAUGAGACAAUCAAUCUACUUGGUCGAGAUCUCAUCCCUUCACUCUAUUAACUAUCAGACAAUCAAUCUACUUGGUUCAAAUCUCUUCCUGUAACUCUAUUAACUAUCAGACAAUGAAUCUACUUGGUUGAGAUCUCAUCCUGUAACUCUAUUAACUAUCAGACAAUCAAUCUACUUGGUCGAGAUCUCAUCUUGUAACUCUAUUAAAUAUCAGACAAUCAAUCUACUUGGUCUAGAUCUCAUCCUGUAACUCUACUAACUAUCAGACAAUCAAUCUACUUGGUCGAGAUCUAAUCCUGUAACUCUUAUAACUAUCAGACAAUCAAUGUACUUGGUCGAGAUCUCAUCCUGUAACUUAAUUAACUAUGAGAAAAUCAAUCUACUUGGUCGAGAUCUCAUCCUGUAACUUAAUUAACUAUGAGACAAUCAAUGUACUUGGUCGAGAUCUCAUCCUGUAACUCUAUUAACUAUCAGACAAUCAAUCUAAUUGGUUGAAAUCUCAUCCUGUAACUUAAUUAACUAUCAGAGAAUCAAUCUACUAGGUCGAGAUCUCAUUGUGUCACUCAAUUAACUAUGAAACAAUCAAUCUACUUGGUCGAGAUCUCAUCCUGUCACUCUAUUAACUAUCAGACAAUCAAUCUACUUGGUCGAGAUCUCAUCCCUUCACUCUAUUAACUAUCAGACAAUCAAUCUUCUUGGUCAAGAUCUCCUUUUGUAACUUAAUUAACAAUCAGACAAUUAAUCUACUUGGUCGAAAUCUCAUCCUGUAACUCCAUUAACUAUCAGACAAUCAAUCUACUUGGUCGAGAUCUCAUCCUGUAACUCUAUUAACUAUCAGACAAUCAAUCUACUUGGUUGAGAUCUCAUCCUGUAACUCUAUUAACUAUCAGAAAAUCAAUCUACUUGGUCGAGAUCUCAUCCUUUAACUCUAUUAACUAUCAGACAAUCAAUCUACUUGGUCAAGAUCUCAUUCUGUCACUCUAUUAACUAAGAGACAAUCAAUCUACUUGGUCGAGAUUUCAACCUGUCACUCUAUUAACUAUCAGACAAUCAAUCUAAUUGGUCAAGAUUUUUCCUGUAACUUAAUUAACUAUCAGAGAAUCAAUCCACUUGUUCGAGAUCUCAUCCUGUAACUCUAUUAAAUAUCAGACAAUCAAUCUACUUGGUCAAGAUCUCAUCCUGUAACUCUAUUAACUAUCAGACAAUCAAUCUACUUGGUUGAAAUCUCAACCUGGAACUCUAUUAACUAUCAGACAAUCAAUCUACUUGUUCGAGAACUCAUCGUGUAAGUCUAAUAACUAUCAGACAAUCAAUUUACUUGGUCGAGAUCUCAUCCUGUAACUUAAUUAACUCUUAGACAAUCAAUCUACUUUGUCGUGAUCUAAUCCUGUAACUCUAUUAACUAUCAGACAGUCAAUCUAAUUGGUUGAAAUCUCAUCCUGUAAUUUAAUUAACUAUCAGAGAAUCAAUCUACUAGGUCGAGAUCUCAUUCUGUCACUCAAUUAACUAUGAAACAAUCAAUCUACUUGGUCAAGAUCUCAUCCUGUCACUCUAUUAACUAUCAGACAAUCAAUCUACUUGGUCGAGAUCUCAUCCUGUAACUUAAUUAACUAUUAGACAAUCAAUCUAUUUGGUCGUGAUCUCAUCCUGUAACUCUUAUAACUAUUAGACAAUCAAUCUACUUGGUCGAGAUUUCAUCCUGUCACUCUAUUAACUAUCAGACAAUCAAUCUACUUGGUCGAGAUCUCAUCCUGUAACUCUAUUAACUAUCAGACAAUCAAUCUACUUGGUUGAGAUCUCAUCCUGUAACUCUAUUAACUAUCAGAAAAUCAAUCUACUUGGUCGAGAUCUCAUCCUUUAACUCUAUUAACUAUCAGACAAUCAAUCUACUUGGUCGAGAUCUCCUCCUGUAACUUAAUUAACUAUUAGACAAUCAAUCUAAUUGGUCGUGAUCUCAUCCUAUAACUCUAUUAACUAUCAGACAAUCAUCUACUUGGUCGAGAUCUCAUCCUUGUACUCUAUUAAAUAUCAGACAAUCAAUCUACUUGGUCGAGAUCUCAUCCUGUAAAUCUUAUAACUAUUAGAAAAUCAAUCUACUUGGUCGAGAUCUCAUCCUGUCACUCUAUUAACUAUCAGACAAUCAAUCUACUUGGUCAAGAUCUCAUUCUGUCACUCUAUUAACUAAGAGACAAUCAAUCUACUUGGUCGAGAUUUCAACCUGUCACUCUAUUAACUAUCAGACAAUCAAUCUACUUGGUCGAGAUCUCAUCCUGUAACUCUAUUAACUAUCAGACAAUCAAUCUACUUGGUCGAGAUCUCAUCCUGUAACUCUAUUAACUAUCAGACAAUCAAUCUACUUGGUCGAGAUCUCAUCCUGUAACUCUAUUAACUAUCAGACAAUCAAUCUACUUGGUCGAGAUCUCAUCCUGUAACUCUAUUAACUAUCAGACAAUCAAUCUACUUGGUCGAGAUCUCAUCCUGUAACUCUAUUAACUAUCAGACAAUCAAUCUACUUGGUCGAGAUCUCAUCCUGUAACUCUAUUAACUAUCAGACAAUCAAUCUACUUGGUCGAGAUCUCAUCCUGUAACUCUAUUAACUAUCAGACAAUCAAUCUACUUGGUCGAGAUCUCAUCCUGUAACUCUAUUAACUAUCAGACAAUCAAUCUACUUGGUCGAGAUCUCAUCCUGUAACUCUAUUAACUAUCAGACAAUCAAUCUACUUGGUCGAGAUCUCAUCCUGUAACUCUAUUAACUAUCAGACAAUCAAUCUACUUGGUCGAGAUCUCAUCCUGUAACUCUAUUAACUAUCAGACAAUCAAUCUACUUGGUCGAGAUCUCAUCCUGUAACUCUAUUAACUAUCAGACAAUCAAUCUACUUGGUCGAGAUCUCAUCCUGUAACUCUAUUAACUAUCAGACAAUCAAUCUACUUGGUCGAGAUCUCAUCCUGUAACUCUAUUAACUAUCAGACAAUCAAUCUACUUGGUCGAGAUCUCAUCCUGUAACUCUAUUAACUAUCAGACAAUCAAUCUACUUGGUCGAGAUCUCAUCCUGUAACUCUAUUAACUAUCAGACAAUCAAUCUACUUGGUCGAGAUCUCAUCCUGUAACUCUAUUAACUAUCAGACAAUCAAUCUACUUGGUCGAGAUCUCAUCCUGUAACUCUAUUAACUAUCAGACAAUCAAUCUACUUGGUCGAGAUCUCAUCCUGUAACUCUAUUAACUAUCAGACAAUCAAUCUACUUGGUCAAGAUCUCAUUCUGUCACUCUAUUAACUAAGAGACAAUCAAUCUACUUGGUCGAGAUUUCAACCUGUCACUCUAUUAACUAUCAGACAAUCAAUCUACUUGGUCAAGAUCUCAUCCUGUAAGUAUAUUAACCAUCAGAAAGUCAAUCUACUUGAUCAAGAUCUUAUCUUGUCACUCUAUUAACUAUCAGAGAAUCAUUCUAUUUGGUCGAGAUUUCUUCCUGUAACUCUAUUAACUAUCAGACAAUCAAUCUACUUGGUCGAGAUCUCAUCCUGUAAAUCUAUUAACUAUGAGACAAUCAAUCUACUUGGUCGAGAUCUCAUCCCUUCACUCUAUUAACUAUCAGACAAUCAAUCUACUUGGUUCAAAUCUCUUCCUGUAACUCUAUUAACUAUAAGACAAUCAAUCUACUUGGUCGAGAUCUCAUCCUGUAACUCUAUUAACUCUCAGACAAUCAAACUACUUGGUCGAGAUCUCAUCCUGUAACUCUAUUAAAUAUCAGACAAUAAAUCUACUUGGUCGAGAUCUCAUCCUGUAACUCGUAUAACUAUUAGACAAUCAAUCUACUUGGUCGAGAUCUCAUCCUGUCACUCUAUUAACUAUCAGACAAUCAAUCUACUUGGUCGAGAUCUCAUCCUGUAACUUAAUUAACUAUUAGACAAUCAAUCUAUUUGGUCGUGAUCUCAUCCUGUAACUCUUAUAACUAUUAGACAAUCAAUCUACUUGGUCGAGAUUUCAUCCUGUCACUCUAUUAACUAUCAGACAAUCAAUCUACUUGGUCGAGAUCUCAUCCUGUAACUCUAUUAACUAUCAGACAAUCAAUCUACUUGGUCGAGUUCUAAUCCUGUAACUCUAUUAAAUAUCAGACAAUCAAUCUACUUGGUCGAGAUCUCAUCCUGUAACUCUUAUAACUAUUAGACAAUCAAUCUACUUGGUCGAGAUCUCAUCCUGUCACUCUAUUACCUAUCAGACAAUUAAUCUACUUGGUCGAGAUCUCAUCCUGUAACUUAAUUAACUAUUAGACAAUCAAUCUAUUUGGUCGUGAUCUCAUCCUGUAACUCUUAUAACUAUUAAACAAUCAAUCUACUUGGUCGAGAUUUCAUCCUGUCACUCUAUUAACUAUCAGACAAUCAAUCUACUUGGUCGAGAUCUCAUCCUGUAACUCAUAUAACUAUUAGACAAUGAAUCUACUUGGUCGAGAUCUCAUCCUGUAACUCUAUUAAAUAUCAGACAAUCAAUCUACUUGGUCUAGAUCUCAUCCUGUAACUCUACUAACUAUCAGACAAUCAAUCUACUUGGUCGAGAUCUCAUCCUGUAACUCUAUUAACUAUCAGACAAUCAAUCUACUUGGUUGAGAUCUCAUCCUGUAACUCUAUUAACUAUCAGAAAAUCAAUCUACUUGGUCGAGAUCUCAUCCUUUAACUCUAUUAACUAUCAGACAAUCAAUCUACUUGGUCGAGAUCUCAUCCUGUAACUUAAUUAACUAUUAGACAAUCAAUCUAAUUGGUCGUGAUCUCAUCCUGUAACUCUAUUAAACAGACAAUCAUCUACUUGGUCGAGAUCUCAUCCUUGUACUCUAUUAAAUAUCAGACAAUCAAUCUACUUGGUCGAGAUCUCAUCCUGUAAAUCUUAUAACUAUUAGACAAUCAAUCUACUUGGUCGAGAUCUCAUCCUGUCACUCUAUUAACUAUCAGACAAUCAAUCUACUUGGUCGAGAUCUCAUUCUGUCACUCUAUUAACUAUGAGACAAUCAAUCUACUUGGUCGAGAUUUCAACCUGUCACUCUAUUAACUAUCAGACAAUCAAUCUACUUGGUCGAGAUCUCAUCCUGUAAGUAUAUUAACUAUCAGAAAGUCAAUCUACUUGAUCAAGAUCUUAUCUUGUCACUCUAUUAACUAUCAGAGAAUCAUUCUACUUGGUCGAGAUUUCUUCCUGUAAGUCUAUUAACUAUCAGACAAUCAAUCUACUUGGUCGAGAUCUCAUCCUGUAAAUCUAUUAACUAUGAGACAAUCAAUCUACUUGGUCUAGAUUUUUCCUGUAACUUAAUUAACUAUCAGAGAAUCAAUCCACUUCUUCGAGAUCUCAUCCUGUAACUCUAUUAAAUAUCAGACAAUCAAUCUACUUGGUCAAGAUCUCAUCCUGUAACUCUAUUAACUAUCAGACAAUCAAUCUACUUGGUUGAAAUCUCAUCCUGUAACUCUAUUAACUAUCAGAAGAUCAAUCUACUUGGUCGAGAACUCAUCGUGUAAGUCUAAUAACUAUCAGACAAUCAAUGUACUUGGUCGAGAUAUCAUCCUGUAACUUAAUUAACUAUUAGACAAUCAAUAUACUUGGUCAAGAUCUCAUCGUGUAACACUAUUAACUAUCAGAAAAUCAAUCUACUUGGUCGAGAUCUCAUCAUGUAACUCUUAUAACUAUUAGACAAUCAAUCUACUUGGUCGAGAUCUCAUCAUGUAACUCUAUUAACUAUCAGACAAUCAAUCUACUUGGUCGAGAUCUCAUUUUGUAACUUAAUUAACUAUCAGACAAUCAAUCUACUUGGUCGAGAUCUCAUCCUGUAACUUCAUUAACUUUGAGACAAUCAAUCUACUUGGUCUAGAUUUUUCCUGUGACUUAAUUAACUAUCAGAGAAUCAAUCCACUUGGUCGAGAUCUCAUCAUGUAACUCUAUUAAAUAUCAGACAAUUAAUCUACUUGGUCGAGAUCUCAUCCUGUAACUCUAUUAACUAUCAGACAAUGAAUCUACUUGGUUGAGAUCUCAUCCUGUAACUCUAUUAACUAUCAGACAAUCAAUCUACUUGGUCGAGAUCUCAUCUUGUAACUCUAUUAAAUAUCAGACAAUCAAUCUACUUGGUCUAGAUCUCAUCCUGUAACUCUACUAACUAUCAGACAAUCAAUCUACUUGGUCGAGAUCUAAUCCUGUAACUCUUAUAACUAUCAGACAAUCAAUGUACUUGGUCGAGAUCUCAUCAUGUAACUUAAUUAACUAUGAGAAAAUCAAUCUACUAGGUCGAGAUCUCAUCCUGUAACUUAAUUAACUAUGAGACAAUCAAUGUACUUGGUCGAGAUCUCACCCUGUAACUCUAUUAACUAUCAGACAAUCAAUCUAUUUGGUUGAAAACUUAUCCUGUAACUUAAUUAACUAUCAGAGAAUCAAUCUACUUGGUCGAGAUCUCAUUCUGUCACUCAAUUAACUAUGAAACAAUCAAUCUACUUGGUCAAGAUCUCAUCCUGUCACUCUAUUAACUAUCAGACAAUCAAUCUACUUGGUCGAGAUCUCAUCCUGUAACUUAAUUAACUAUUAGACAAUCAAUCUAUUUGGUCGUGAUCUCAUCCUGUAACUCUUAUAAGAUCUCAUCCUGUCACUCUAUUAACUAUCAGACAAUCAAUCUACUUGGUCGAGAUCUCAUCCUGUAACUUAAUUAACUAUUAGACAAUCAAUCUAUUUGGUCGUGAUCUCAUCCUGUAACUCUUAUAACUAUUAGACAAUCAAUCUACUUGGUCGAGAUUUAAUCCUAUCACUCUAUUAACUAUCAGACAAUCAAUCUACUUGGUUGAGAUCUCAUCCUGUAAGUCUAUUAACUAUCAGACAAUCAAUCCACUUGAUCGAGAUCUUAUCUUGUCACUCUAUUAACUAUCAGAGAAUCAAUCUACUUGGUCGAGAUCUCAUCCCUUCACUCUAUUAACUAUCAGACAAUCAAUCUACUUGGUUAAAAUUUCUUCCUGUAACUCUAUUAACUAUCAGACAAUCAAUCUACUUGGUCGAGAUCUCAUCCUGUAACUCUAUUAACUAUCAGACAAUCAAUCUACUUGGUCGAGUUCUAAUCCUGUAACUCUAUUAAAUAUCAGACAAUCAAUGAUGAACCAGCUCUAGAGUAGGAGUAACUCUAUUAACUAUCAGACAAUCAAUCUACUUGGUCGAGUUCUAAUCCUGUAACUCUAUUAAAUAUCAGACAAUCAAUCUACUUGGUCGAGAUCUCAUCCUAUAAUUCUAUUAACUAUCAGACAAUCAAUCUACUUGGUCGAGAUCUAGUCCUGUGUCACCAUAACAGUAGAAUUGAUAACAAAUGUGACAACUAAUCCACUGAAUAACGAACUCAUUGACGCACCCACUAACCCAGUAACCAAUGCUCAUUCUCAAACCAAAAGUUAUAGUCACGACAUUAUAAUCAUAUUUUCUCCGUAUGAGAAAAGCCUCAACCUAAUUAUGAUUAGAGAAUCACAUGAAACAAAAGUUAUCCACCUAGUUGACUCCACAGCUAAGAUCAGAAGUCGUAUUUUUUCACUUAUUAAUUGUCUCUGUAAUCUUCUUUAACAUAUGUUUUCUAAUUAAAAUAAUGACUUGAAUGAUAGAUUCAGAUGCAUGUCUUGGUGUGAACAUUGGGAGAAGACCUCACCCCAAGAUAUGUCAGAAGUACUACCAAUGCAACAGAGAGGUAUCCGUCUUAAAGGAAUGCCCAGAGAAUGGAAACUUUCACCCUCAGGUAAAAACAUGCGACACUUAGUGUUCUUUCUGCCUCUGCUGCCAAAAAGGUAUCAAAGAAUCGUAUUUCAAUCUUAAUUUACCUGAUGCCAGUCUGUCAAUUACAGCUAAAAAUUAUUGCUAACUAAAUCACGCACACUUUAAAUAUCUCUAAGUCGGUGUGCUUGGGGGCCGAUUGGUGAGCUGGGGGGCCGAGUGGUGUGCUGGGUGGCCGAGUGGUGUGCUGGGUGGCCGAGUGGUGUGCUGGGUGGACAAGUGGUGUGCUGGGUGGACGAGUGGUGUGCUGGGUGGCCGAGUGGUGUGCUGGGUGGCCGAGUGGUGUGCUGGGUGGCCAAGUGGUGUGCUGGGUGGGAGAGUGGUGUGCUGGGUGGCCGAGUGGUGUGCUGGGUGGCCGAGUGGUCUAAACUGUGCAGACCCCAUGUUGGUGGUCCAAGGCUCAACUCCAACCAAAGCCCAGUCAAGCAAACCAGCAACCUGGAUGGAUGGGACCCGUUAACCUGGGAGCCUGGUUAGCCAUCGGCUGGAGAGAGGCGACUUGCUGUUGGGAACCAGCUACAAUCCAUGAAGAAUAAUCCCAGGCCCUGUGGAUUUCGCCCUGUGACGGAUGGUUGCCAGCAAAACAAAUUGUUAAAAUUUUUUGAAAAACUAAGUUAUUUCUUCGUUAUGAGCCAUGCAACUUAUUAUAUAGGUUGUUUUAAUAUUGUUGUUGUUGUUAAUAACUUAUUAUAUGGGUUUUAAUAGUGUUGGUAUUGUUGUUCGUCCGUCGGAAUCGACUAGGACCAUCGAUUCAACCGGUUAGGUGGGUGGGGAGGGGGCUUGCUAGACCAAUUCGUGCUCGGAAUAAUCUCUGGCACCGCGGGAUGGUUGCUGCCGACGCCAACCUAAUGUUGCUCUUUCGGCCAUCAUGACUGCGUGUCUCAGCUGUGGUUUGCCUACUAGCUUGAUAGGAUUUAGCUCCCCUCUUGACAGCUGCUCUCCACUGGCCCUGUCCUGGGCUGACUGCACCCAUUGAGUGGGGUUGAUGAUGAAGGCCUUUAGUGCCACUUUCAGUGUGUCUUUGUAACGCCUUUCUUUACCUUCUUGAGACUGCAUUAGGGUGGUAAAUAAAAUAGGUAGGUUCGGUCUAGCGAGGACCUCUGUGUCAGAUCUCUUGUCACCUAAUGCCAAGGAGUUUCCUGAGGCACGUUAUGUGAAAAUGAUUCAGUUUCUUGGCGUGACGCUGGUAGGCUGUCCACGUUUCACAUCCACAUAGAAGUGUAGGGAGGACUGCUGCGCUAUAGACCUUGAUCUUCGUUUCUCGUCUGAUACCUCUCCUGUCCAAACAGUUCUGCGGAGUCUGCCAAAUAUAGCACUAGCUUUUCCGACUCUGCCAUUCAUUUCAUCAUCCAUGAUGACAGAUCUAGAGAGGGUGCUGCCCAAGUAAGGAAAUUUAUCCACCGGGUUGAGACGCUGUCCGCUGAUGAGGAUGUUGGGUUCGAAGUAGGGCUUACUGGGAGCUUGUUGAUAUAUGACCUCAGUCUUCUUUGUGUUGAUUGUGAGGCCAAAAUUACUGCAGACCUCGGAGUGAUAUCAACGCUACUUAGCAUGAGGGCUUCUAAGGCAGCGUUGAGGAAACAAUCGUCCGACAAACAGAAGCUCUUGAUGGUGUUAUUUUUUACCUAAGUUUUAGCUUGAAGCGUCCUAAGGUCGAAGACUGAACCAUCACUGCGAAACCGGAUUGGCAAGCCCGGGUUGGAGUCCUUAAACGCACCAGACAGCAUUGCAAAAACCAUAAUACAGAAGAGUGUGGGAGCAAGAACACAACCCUGCUUUACACCGUUUGUGACGGGGAAUGCUUGAGAUGAUUGACCGUUGUCCUGCACUUGGGCCAUCACGCCAUCAUGCAGCUGACGGAUGAUGUUUGUGAGCUCGUCUGGGCAUCCGUAUUUCUUCAUGAUUUUCCACAGGCCACCUCUAUUGACCCUGUUAAAAGCCUUAUUCAAGCAGAUCAAUGUGGAAUACAAAUCUAUAUUUUGCUCCUGGCAUUUCUCUUGAAGCUGUCUAGCUGCAAACACCUUAUCGAUAGUUCCGCAUUUUUUGCGGAAACCGCAUUGACUUUCGGGUAGGAGACCUACCUCUAGAUGUGCAUUCAGGCGGUUCAGAAGGGCUCAGGCCAAGAUCUUGCCUGCAAUGGACAGCAGGGAAAGUUCACUGUGAUUGUCGCAGGGAUGGCGGUUUCCUUUGUGUUUGUACACGUGGAUAAUUGAGGCAUCAUUGAGGCUUGUCUCACAACAAGGAUCUUCAACUUUCUGAUGUUGAGGCGUUUUGGAGCUUUGGUGGCCUGGGGUCAUCUCUUAGGUUGGAUGUGAAUUGUCAUAUUUGAGACGAUGAGGUGGUGAUCCGUCCAGCAUUCUGCGCCACACAUGGCCUUAGUCACCCUCACGUCCUGGCGGUCCCUACUUCUGAAGAUGACAUAAUCAAUUAGGUGCCAGUGGUUUGAACGGGGAUGCAUCCAGGAGGUCUUGUUGCGCGUAGGCAGGCUAAGGUGGAGUUCGAUUUUAGAAGGCCGUAUUUAGCAAAGGUCUUACGUAGCAGUUGCACUUCCCAAUAACCCCCGUUAGGGGGUGUAGUCACUGCCGACACGUGCAUUGAAAUCUCCAAGUAAGAUGAGUUUGUCAGCAAUCAGUAUGGAAGAGAUGACAGUGUUCAGAGUUCAUAAAACAAAUCUAUGGCUCUUCAGUGUUUGUCAGGGUGGGUCCAUAGGCACUGACUAGCAUAGCAGACUUCUUUCCAUGGCAGAUGGGUAGUUUCAACGUCAUGAGACGGUCAUUGAUACCUUUUAGAGAGGUGGGGAGCCUGCUCACAGGAGACGUUUUGAUAGCAACACCAGCUUCUUGCCUAGCGUCAGUUUUAAUAUAUAGCAUAGAUUACAAACAUACAUUAAUAUAUAGCGCGCCUUAAGAGUUAUUAGCAUAUGUAGUUAUGACAUAGUGGAAUAUAAUCUUAAUGACAAAAGAAAGGAAAAUAUUGGCUUAAUAAAACAUCUAAUGUCACAUAAGGUAAAGGGAAGAAUAACAAAAAAAUUAUUUAAAAAUUAAAUUUUUAAUAUUCCAAAAUGGAGACGAGAUACCAAGACGAAAAUAAAAUUUGCCCCAAAUUCACAUUAACCUUCAACACAUUCACAUUAUACUGGCACAUUCUCAUUAACCUACCAGAUUCACAUUAAUCUAUCAGAUUCACAUUAACCUUCAACAUAUUAACAUUAGCAUGCAACAUAUUCACAGAGCCUGCGAAAUAUUCCAAUUAAUCUACAACAUCCUCACAUUAACCUGCAACAUAUUCCCAUAAACCUUCAACAUAUUCCUAUAAACCUUCAACAUAUUCCCAUAAACCUACAACAUAUUCCCAUUAACCUUCAAUAUAUUCCCAUUAACCUGCAACAUAUUCCCAUAAACCUUCAACAUAUUCCUAUUAACCCGCAACAUAUUCCCAUAAACCUUAAACAUAUUCUCAUAAACCUUAAACAUAUUCCCAUAAACCUUCAACAUAUUCCCAUAAACCUUAAACAUAUUCCCAUAAAACUUCAACAUAUUUCCAUAAACCUUCAACAUAUUCCCAUAAACCUACAACAUAUUCCUAUUAACCCGCAACAUAUUCCCAUAAACCUUCCACAUAUUCCCAUAAACCUUCAACAUAUUCCCAUAAACCUACAACAUAUUCCCAUUAACCUUCAAUAUAUUCCCAUUAACCUGCAACAUAUUCCCAUAAACCUUCAACAUAUUCCUAUUAACCUUCAACAUAUUCCCAUAAACCUUCAAUAUAUUCCCAUAAACCUACAACAUGUUGUGGAGAGUUCGGACCUCGACCGACUGAUCAAAGGGCCGGGCGCGUCAGAUCUUACAGCAGGGUUACCGGCCAUCGGACCAGGGUAUUUCCUGGAGGCGACAGGGGUGGUUGUAGCGACUGACUGAUCAAAAGGGUUGGUGCGUCAGAUUAUAGACAUGGGAAAGAAACUCUAUGGGCUUGGGACUUAUAAAUAGGGACUUCUGGACAGGACUGGACAGAAGUCGGCCGGACAGAGAAGCGGACAGUCAGGGAGAGCUCCGACGGUUAAUUCCCAUUAACCUGCAUCAUACUCACAUUAAUUUGCCACUGAGCCACAUAAAUAGUCCUAUUUUAAUAUUAAAGUUAAAGAAUAAGUCAGAAAUGUGUUUCAUUCAAUUGAAUAUGUAGAGUAAGAAGUGUCUUAGAAACAAUUGAGUAUGUAGAGUCAGAAGUGUCUUAGAAACAAUUGAGUAUGUAGAGUCAGAAGUGUCUUAGAAACAAUUAAGUAUGUAGAGUUAGAAGUAUCUUAGAAACAAUUGAGUAUGUAGAGUCAGAAGUGUCUUAAAACAAUUGAGUAUGUAGAGUCAGAAGUGUCUUAGAAACAGUUGAAUAUUUAGAGUCAGAAGUGUCUUAGAAACAAUUGAAUAUGUAGAGUCCGAAGUGUCUUAGAAACAAUUGAAUAUGUAGAGUCAGAAGUGCCUUAGAAACAAUUGAAUAUGUAGAGUCAGAAGUGUCUUAGAAACAAUUGAGUAUGUAGAGUCAGAAGUGUCUUAGAAACAAUUGAAUAUGUAGAGUCAGAAGUGUCUUAGAAACAAUUGAAUAUUUAGAGUCAGAAGUGUCUUAAAAACAAUUGAAUAUGUAGAGUCAGAAGUGUCUUAGAAACAAUUGAGUAUGUAUAGGCAGAAGUGUCUUAAAAACAAUUGAAUAUGUAGAGUCAGAAGUGUCUUAAAAACAAUUGAGAAUGUAGAGUCAGAAGUGUCUUAGAAACAAUUGAAUAUGUAGAGUCAGAAGUGUCUUAAAAACAAUUGAGUAUGUAGAGUCAGAAGUGUCUUAGAAACAAUUGAAUAUGUCGAGUCAGAAGUGUCUUAAAAACAAUUGAGCAUGUAGAGUCAGAAGUGUCUUAAAAACAAUUGAGUAUGUAGAGUCAGAAGUGUCUUAGAAACAAUUGAAUAUGUAGAGUCAGAAGUGUCUUAAAAACAAUUGAGUAUUUAGAGUCAGAAGUGUCUUAGAAACAAUUGAAUAUGUAGAGUCAGAAGUGUCUUAAAACAAUUGAGUAUGUAGAGUCAGAAGUGUCUUAGAAACAAUUGAAUAUUUAGAUUCAGAAGUAUCUUAGAAACAAUUGAAUAUGUAGAGUCAGAAGUGUCUUAGAAACAAUUGAAUAUGUAGAGUCAGAAGUGUCUUAGAAACAAUUGAGUAUGUAGAGUCAGAAGUGUCUUAGAAGCAAUUGAAUAUGUAGAGUCAGAAGUGUCUUAGAAACAAUUGAAUAUGUAGAGUCAGAAGUGUCUUAGAAACAAUUGAGUAUGUAUAGACAGAAGUGUCUUAGAAACAAUUGAAUAUGUAGAGUCAGAAGUGUCUUAGAAACAAUUGAGUAUGUAGAGUCAGAAGUGUCUUAGAAACAAUUGAGUAUUUAGAGUCAGAAGUUUCUUAGAAACAAUUGAAUAUGUAGAGUCAGAAGUGUCUUAGAAACAAUUGAGUAUGUACAGUCAGAAGUGUCUUAGAAACAAUUGAGUAUGUAGAGUCAGAAGUGUCUUAGAAACAAUUGAGUAUGUAGAGUCAGAAGUGUCUUAGAAACAAUUGAGUAUGUAGAGUCAGAAGUGUCUUAGAAACAAUUGAAUAUGUAGAGUCAGAAGUGUCUUAAAAACAAUUGAGUAUGUAGAGUCAGAAGUGUCUUAAAAACAAUUGAGUAUGUAGAGUCAGAAGUGUCUUAGAAACAAUUGAAUAUGUAGAGUCAGAAGUGUCUUAAAAACAAUUGAGUAUGUAGAGUCAGAAGUGUCUUAGAAACAAUUGAAUAUGUAGAGUCAGAAGUGUCUUAAAAACAAUUGAGUAUGUAGAGUCAGAAGUGUCUUAGAAACAAUUGAAUAUGUAGAGUCAGAAGUGUCUUAGAAACAAUUGAAUAUGUAGAGUCAGAAUUGUCUUAGAAACAAUUGAAUAUGUAGAGUCAGAAGUGUCUUAGAAACAAUUGAGUAUGUAUAGGCAGAAGUGUCUUAGAAACAAUUGGAUAUGUAGAGUCAGAAGUGCCUUAGAAACAAUUGAAUAUGUAGAGUCAGAAGUGUCUUAGAAUUUUUUAAAAAUCACUACUCAGCUUCGGAAAUGUUUACCUCCAAGUGAAUACAACUGUGGCAUCACGACAACAAGGAUAACCACCACAGGUGAGUGCAUUGAAAGAAUGGUGUAGAUGGUGUAUGGGGAAUAGGUUAACUCUAUUCUGGGGGUUCAGUCUAAAGUACUAUGUGGCGUCUGCUAGCACAGCAACAUUUGUUUGGCCCUUCCAAAUAUAGCACCCAACUCCACUUUGAGCGUGUGGUAAAAGAUGGGGAGUUGAAUCUUGUGUUUGAUAAAAUGGUUUUAAAUUCCCUAACAAACUCUUACAAGACACAAAUAUUGUUUAUAUUUACAUGAUUUUCCACGAGUUUACAUGAUUAUAUCAUGAGUUUGACAUGACUAUAUCAUGAGGACUUUCUUGAAGUAAAUAAACACAGCAGAGCUGUUAUCACCAGAUGAACUUGCUUAAGGUCUCUGUGUCUUACAUCAUAAUUAGAUUGAACAGUUAAACAAUUUUUUUUUUGAAGUAGAGAACUAAAAUAUAGCAUAUUGACAUUUAUCGAUGUGACAUUUAUCGAUGUGACAUUAGUCGAUGGGAUCAUUAGUCGAUAUGAAUUUUAGCCGAUGUGAUAUUAGGUGAUGUGACAUGAGUCGAUUUCCAGCUGAUUUUGAUACUUACUUUUCUUAUGUACACUCUGACAGUGACGACGACUGAAAGCACCACUCCGCGGACCACUGGAGAAUGUAAGUUAACUGUCUCUUUGUCGAUGUUAGAAUUAAUAUUUGGUUUAAAUAGUAGUUGGUUUAAAAGCUUGUCAGCCUUUUUUUGGGCUAGCACUUAAGGUAGCACAUUGCUAACACUAUAGGUAGCACAUUGCUAGCACUAUAGGUAGCACAUUGCUAGCACUAUAGGUAGCACAUUGCUAGCACUAUAGGUAGCACAUUACUAGCACUAUAGGUAGCACAUUUCAGUGUUUCUUUCAGGUAUCCCUCGCUGGUCAGAGUGACAGUAUAGGGUUCCUCUUCUAGUAUAGUCAGUAUAGGGUUAAAUAUACGCUUGUGAUGGGACAUUGGUACACGGCACAGCUGGAGUGAAAUCAGUUUGUGAUUGACACUUGGGGCCAUAAUGUCUCCUACUGCGCUUAAAAAUGUACUUACCCCAAAGCAAAAAGGCUAAAAGAAAUAUUGACUUUAAUUAAACUCCAAAAUGUAUUCCUUUGAUUUUGAGCUGUGCUGUUGUCCGAAAAUGCCACAUCUCCUUAUAAAGAAAUAGUGACCACUUGCUAGUCCACCGCGUUCACCCCUUUCUACGCCACUGUCAGGGGCGUAGAUAGAGUGUUUGGUGUCAUGGGACAAAAUCGUUUUUACUCGCCUCCCCAUUUUUGACUCUAAAACCCAUUAAUUUCAACCAUUGAAUACCAUCAAGGCCAUUUUAGCGCCCCAGCUUGUCUGGUGCCGGGGACGUAUGUCUCAUAUGUGCCAUCCCUUAGCUACGCCUCUGGUCAAUGGCCACUGGCAUUAACCCCCCCCCCACCACACUGGCACAUUGUUUAGCCGCAUUGAUAAGUACGUUAUUCAAAUCAUUGUUAAGCAUUUGGUUUAACGUUAUUUAUAGCACUUCUCACCUCGCUCUGCACAUUGUUAAUCAAUUGUCUUUUGUUGUUAAGAAAACAGUGAUUAAACAAUAAUACGUUUUCCGAUUAUCAGUUUCGGAUAAUAGUACAGUCAGUUGAUAGUAGGUAAUGUUGUACCAAUCCCGUCAGUUGAUAGUAGGUAAUGUUGUACCAAUCCAGUUACUUGAUGGCUGCUAAUGUUGCACCAGUCCAGUCAGUUGAUGGUAACUUACGUUGUACCAAUCCCGUCAGUUGAUAGUAGGUAAUGUUGUACCAAUCCAGUUACUUGAUGGCAGCUAAUGUUGCACCAAUCCAGUCAGUUGAUGGUAACUUACGUUGUACCAAUCCCGUCAGUUGAUGGUAGGUAAUGUUGCACCAGUCCAGUCAGUUGAUGGUAACUUACGUUGUACCAAUCCCGUCAGUUGAUAGUAGGUAAUGUUGUACCAAUCCAGUUACUUGAUGGCAGCUAAUGUUGCACCAGUCCAGUCAGUUGAUGGUAACUUACGUUGUACCAAUCCCGUCAGUUGAUAGUAGGUAAUGUUGUACCAAUCCAGUUACUUGAUGGCAGCUAAUGUUGCACCAAUCCAGUCAGUUGAUGGUAACUUACGUUGUACCAAUCCCGUCAGUUGAUAGUAGGUAAUGUUGUACCAAUCCAGUUACUUGAUGGCAGCUAAUGUUGUACCAGUCCAGUCAGUUGAUGGUAACUUACGUUGUACCAAUCCCGUCAGUUGAUAGUAGGUAAUGUUGUACCAAUCCAGUUACUUGAUGGCAGCUAAUGUUGCACCAGUCCAGUCAGUUGAUGGUAACUUACGUUGUACCAAUCCCGUCAGUUGAUGGUAGCAAUGUUCUCAUAAGGGACUAAUCAUUUCAAUCGUCUAUGUUUGAUCUCCUCCUUCUAGCGGAAUGCCUACCAAACAAGCUGAGUCUCCAACAGUUUUAUCCCCCUUAUGAACAUUUUGGCAUCCGAUACUUUCUCUCUAGAGACGUCUUCACCAGCGACAUGGAGGCCACACACAGCUGUUUGUCCAUCUGCUCCUAUCUGGCGGAAGUUGACAGUAAGAGCAAAGAGUUGAUCAUAGUAGAAAUAAUCAAGAGACGUAAAGUGGGGUUCAUUGUGUCUGGGACGAGCAUGCCGGACAGGGGCGUGUAUGUUUCACACAGAACUGGCAAGCGCUUGAAGUACAUCGACUGGGCCGCGGGACAACCGGACAGAGUUAAUGGAAGGAAUUGCUUGUAUUUCGCCCAUGGUCAUUCAGGUGCAUUCAACGGACCUUGCGAUAACCGUAAAAGUCCUUUAAUGUUUUUGUGCGAGAAGCAAUACGCAACUUUGGUGUUGCAUUAAAGUAUAUAUUU